AUAGGCUGACGGGGUGAGGGGUUGGUAGACGCACGUGACAUUAGAAACAUAUCUAGAGCCUCUGCUCUACUACUACUGCUACUACUCACAAUCAAUCAUAUUCUAACAGCACAAUGGACUCUCUCGAUCCGGCGCACGUCGAGUCGCUGCAGCAGUUUGUGACAAUCACGAGCUGGCCCGAAAACGACAUCGAAGGCGCGAUCCAGAUGCUGUCGGUCUGCCAGUGGAAUGUCGAGCUCGCAAUCACUCGCUUCUACGACGAAGGACCUCUGCGACCAAACCCCCACGAGCCCGCAAGAACACCGACGCCGCCGCCGGUGGUCGCGCCGCGGAUAGCGAGUCCGACGCCGCGGACGCUGGCGCCUCGGCCGUCGUCUUUCCUCGCGAGCAUCAUCACCUCGGUCGUGUUCUUCCCGCUGUCGGUGGUCUCUAAAGUCGCGCACUCGGCAUACUACCUCUUCACGAUGCUGUUCCCGUUCCUGCCCCGGCUCACCGGGGUGUACCCCGCCAACCUCGGCGCAGCGCGGUCCGAGCGACGAUCUGUGAAUCCACGGGACACCGCCGCGCGCUUCAUCCGCGAUUUUGAGGAGGAAGUAGGCAGUAGUGGCGAAUCACGGCUGUCGUUCUUUGAAGGGGGAUACACGCAGGCCUUGGAUCUGGCGAAGAAGGAGCUGCGGUUCUUGGUCGUGCUGCUGCAGAGCGAUGAGCAUGAUGAUACUACCAAGUUUAAUAAGGAGGUGCUGUGUGCGCCUGAGGUUGUGCAGUAUUUCCAGGAACAUCAGAUCCUUGUCUGGGCAGGCAACGUUCGCGAGUCGGAAGCGUAUCAGGUCUCAAACGCGCUGUCGUGCACGAAAUACCCAUUCCUAGCGAUAAUUGCCUACACCCCCGCCACAGCCUCGCACCCUUCCGCAAUGUCGAUCCACGCCCGUCUGCAAGGCUUCAUGUCCCCUCCCGCGCUCAUCGCGAACCUCAACACAGUCAUCACCCGCCACGGCCCUGUGCUGGACCGAAUCCGCAACGAGCGCAACGAGCAGCAGCAGGCAAGGGAGAUCCGCGCGCAGCAGGAUUCCGCGUACGAGGCUUCGUUGGCUGCCGAUCGCGAGCGGGAGCGGGCGAGAGCGGAGAGAGAGCGCGCGGAGCAGGAGAGGAUCGCGGAGCAGGAGCGCGUCGAGAGAGAGAAGCUAGAGGCCGAGCAGCGCAUUGCGCAGUAUAAGCUGUGGCGCGCGUCGCAGCUCAAACAGACCAUGCUCGAAUUCACAGACCAGCAGCCUUCUACGACUGAAAAAGUAGCGCGGAUCAGUAUCCGUCUGCCGUCAGGCGACCGCGUGGUUACGCGGUUUUUGGCAGAGUCUCAGACUGUCGAGGAUAUUUAUGCAUUUGUGGAUUGCUAUGACAUCUUGCAUCCCAAACCGUCGUCCUCUGCUGCUUCUACCUCUGCGCGGUCUUUGGCAUCUUCAGGAUCGUCUACUUCGCUCUCGUCCAUGGCUACAUCCACCGCUGCUGCUACCAACAGCAAACCAGAAAACUACACACACAGAUAUAAAUUCAACCUCGUCUCCCCCAUGCCACGGUUCCUGGUCCCCGUUGAUGCCGACAAACUGAUAAAGGACGAAAAAAGCCUGUUUCCGAACGGCAACUUGAUUGUCGAGGAGGAGGUCGAGGAGGAGGAGGAGAGUGUUGGUGCUUAGAGUGUUGUCGAGCGUCGCUAAUGAAUCAUACAUCAUCAUCAUCUACGAGCUUCUCAUGUAGUGCCAAAAUCACAUUGCAACUCCAGCUGAGAUCAGACAACUCUAGGAGAAACCACAAAGAACAUAGUCCG